AGGUUUCGUGGGCUUAGCCCCAGCAAAUGCUGCAAACUUGGAGGCAUUCCAUCAACCUGCCCAUUCUAGCCACUCAUGGGGCCAUGAGUGAUGUGGUGCCGAUUUUUUCCGCCAUUCCCUGACACCACUUCCAGUGCACCAUCGAAUGCCCAAUGCAGGAUGGGCCUCGGGCCCUCCCCUAGCAAAUGCUGCGAAUUUGGAAGCAUUCCACCGACCUGCCCAUUUCACGGACCUGCCUGUUAUGGUAACUUUCAGAGCAGUGCUCUUAACCGCAGCCCCACACUGGCUCUCACUUCUGCUGUGUUUGGUCCUCUAAUAGUAUCAAUGAAUGAGGAGGCACCCUUGCAAAGUGUAGCCUGGCCUUCUUUCACAUUCUCACCAAGCAUCCCUGUGAACGAGGUGGGGCCAGGGUAUAAACAGUCUCAUAAGGGAGAACACAUUCUUUCAGAAUAAGAUAAUUAUGUCUCACUAUGUCCUAGAUUAAGAUUUAAUAAAACAUUAAGUGCUUUUGUUCUCUUUCCUAAAUUAUACAAAUAUAGCUCCCUGCAUUAGAUAAACUUAGACAUCUCUCCAGACUGGCUGCUUCUGUAUGAAAUCUGUUCUAUUGUAUCUUGUAACUGAAUCUUCUUCCUUACUCCAAGAAAAUCUAUAAUUUCUCCCUGUGUGAAUUCUUUACUAUCCACUGAACCAUGUUUUCCAACAGAAACUCUUUCCACUCCCCAGGCCUUUGCAUGGUUUUUCCCCAUAUGCGAAUUCUUUGAUGGCAUAUAUGGACUUUGUUCUAACUGAAGUCGUUUCCACACUUCAAGCACUGAUAGGAUUUCUCCCCUCUGUGAACUGCUUUAUGAGAAAAAGUGAAAGGUAGGAAAUGGAAUAUAAGGAAGGACAGUCACUGAAAAGAGGCAGAAAUGAGAAGAGGGAACAACAGGGGGAAAUUGAAUUGGAUCACAAGAUAAAGGAUGAACCCUGUGAAAUCCAAGAAAAAAUAGAUGAAAGGAAUGAAAAGAGCAAGUUCCAUUAUGCCAAUUCUCAACCCAACCUUUCGGCACAUUGCAAAAUCUCCACCGAGAAGCAACUGUUUAAAUGUGAGGUGUGUGGAAGGAGUUUUGGUUCAAGUGCCCAGCUUACUGACCAUCAAGGAAUCCACACAGAAAAGAAGCCUUAUAAAUGCCUGGAGUGUGGAAAGAGCUUCCGUGUAAGCACCAGCCUUACUUCUCAUCAAAGAAUUCACACAGGAGAGAAACCAUAUAAAUGCUCAGAGUGUGAAAAGAGCUUCACCACACGCACAAGCCUCACAUACCAUCAAAGGACUCACACGGGAGAGAAACGUUAUAAAUGCCUGGAGUGUGGAAUCAGCUUCACUUUGAGCACCAGCCUUACUUCUCAUCAAAGAAUUCACACAGGGGAGAAGCCAUAUAAAUGCCUGGAGUGUGGAAAGAGCUUCCGUGUAAGCACCAGCCUUACUUCUCAUCAAAGAAUUCACACGGGAGAGAAACCAUACAAAUGCUCAGAGUGUGGAAAAAGCUUUUGCGUGAGCACACAUCUCACUUACCAUAAAAAAACUCACACUGGGGAGAGACCCUAUAAAUGUUUGGAGUGUGGAACAAGCUUCAGUGUAAGAACAAGCCUCACUUACCAUCAAAGAACGCACACAGGAGAGAGACCAUAUAAAUGUUUGGAGUGUGGAACAAGCUUCAGUCGGAGUUCUGACCUUACUUCCCAUCAAAGAAUCCACACUGGAGAGAAACCAUAUAAAUGCUUAGUUUGUGGAAAGAGUUUCCGGGUGAGCUCAAGCCUCUCUUCCCAUCAAAGAACCCACACUGGAGAGAAACCCUAUAAGUGCUUGGAGUGUGGAAAGUGCUUCACUAGAAGCACACACUUGAUUACACAUCAAAGAACACACACUGUAGCAUUGUGUAAGAUGUAAAUAUUUGGACUGUGAUAAAAGCUUCUGUCAGAAGACGGACGAUCUUCUGCCCAUCAAAGAACUCACAUGAGAGAAACAAUAGAACUGCUUGGAGUACGGAAUGUGUUUCAAUCAUAAUAAAACUAAGUGGAAAAGCCACUUAGGAAAUGUUCUGUAUAAAUGAAUGCCACAAAAGAAUCCAUAUUUAUAUACUGUAACAAAGAUACAUGAUUUUUUGGACAUAACAUUGGUGUCUAAUAAGAAUUACCCACAGAUUACAGCUGUUCCCAGACUGUGAAAAGAAUCAUAACAAUCUUGUCCUUUCCCCAUUUUAUCCAAUAGGUUUUAAUUUUCUAUAGUUUGCAUUUCAGUCUUAGCAAAAUUUUACUUUAUAAUUUAUACCAUGGUACAUUAAUAAUCAGCUUCUUUAAACCACUUCUGAAUUUCAACAUUUUUCAUUUUGCCAAAAAUUCCAAAAAGCGUUCUCUUUUAACCUGUACCAGCAUAUCAAAUUUGCCCCUAUGAUUUUUAUAAAGGUUGAUUUUUGCCUGCACAGAUUUUGGUAGACAAGGUACAGCAUCAUUCUUUUUGCUCACAACUUCUGACAUAGGAGUUAUUCAUUACUCUUUUAGGUGAUGCAAGCAGUCUUACAGAGUUCUGUUUCUGUGUGGAGUUUUACUCAUUUAAAUUAUUACUAUAAUAACAGGUUUUCCAAAAUGCCAUGAUAGCAUAGACAUGGCAAAGAGUAGGAUUUUAAUAGCAAAAAUAAUAGUAUGUUACCAUCAGGAGAUGUGAUGAACUGUCUGGCAUAAAUAAACUGGAUUUUCUGUUCAGAGAGAAAUCCUAGGAUCCCUUGAUGGGUGAUCCGGAGACUCUAGGAUGGCUCAGAGCACCUCUUCCAAGGAGAGAGACAGUGUUCCAAGUGUCAGUGGGAAGGGCUGAACAUCCAACCUCUCUCAGGAGGCAUUCAGAGGACAUUCUGAUUGCCUCUCCAAGGUGAGAAAAUUGAUCUCAGAGGGGGGGAAGGGGGUAUCCUGGUGUAGGAUAGCAAAAGCCUCAAAGAUCAGAGGGCAGGGAGGCCAAGAUUGGUUCCACCACUCCUCCUAUCCUGCCAGCUUCAGCCAGGCAGGACACAUGAAUCCCAGAAGUCCAGUGGUUUCCAAGCAGCUAAUCUGCAAAUUUCUAACAUAUAUUUUAUUUACUUCUGGAAGAGAAGUGAGAGACAGGAAUAUGUUAAGAGAACAUCGUUACCUGCCCCAGCUGACUGCCUCCAGUUCCUGUAGAUGGGAGACCAAAAGGACUAUUCCACCAGCCCUGCUAAAAAUCUACUUCUUUUCUCUCUCCAACCCAGUUUCCUUGUGUAUCACGUUGUUUAUGUUGUUUUAGAUUAGCAGCCUAUAGGCAGGGCUGUCUUGUUUUACUGAUAGAAAGCUACUCUGCAUCUGAAGAGGAUAUGCUUUAAAUUAAGAAUUCAGUAGGGAAAAACCACUCGCGUAUAAAAAUAUAUUGCAGUACUGAAUAUAUAUGCAUGAUUAGGUAAGAUUCAUGUGCACAAUCCUUGUAGAACCUGUAUCUUUCUUACCAUAAGUAAUGCUUAUUUUAUUGGGAUUUUCUUCAUGCCCUCUUUCUCCUACCUUAUUUCCCUGAAAGCACGUUUCCGGCUUGCGUUCUUUUGUCUAUUUUAACCACCUAUUUUUCAAUAAAUGCUUUGAAAGAGUU